AUGAAUUCCCGACAAAUGGCGCCAGCUAUCGUCCCAUCGCCGGAGCGACCGGUUGGUGUAGCUUUACGGCCUGCACGAGUCCUCAGCAAUAUUGCUGCCGAGUUCGUCGAGGUGAAGGCUGGACGUGAGAUUUGUCGUCGGGCCACCGGGACGCUUGUCGAGGCAGUCGAUGGGCAGCCUUCUAGCAACCGCAUAACUGACAUUGGCGAUGGCGACGAUGGCGAAGAAGAAGCGACUGGGAUUACCAUGGCGUCCCCGAAGUUCGUGAGCCCUUUGGAUCGCUUCAGACCGGAUGGUGAGGCUCAAAGCGAGGCCAAAUAUUACGAGAAAUCGACAAAGAUGAUGGAAAAAUUCCAGGAGACGCUCAAGAGGUUCACCAAGACCUUACAGGAGCGAAAGAUUUUCAAAGACUUGAAGAUCGAAUGCAGAGACCCAGCCGACUAUGAUCUCGCCUACGUGCUUCAUAUUGCGGAACUGGUCCAAGAGCAUAAGGAAGGGUCGGAGAACACACGAACGGUCAAGGAUUUCAUCCGGAAGUGCUACAGAGGCGCCAACAAGCACAAGAACACCAUCACGGCCUUGCUCAGUAUGGUCCCAACUGAUGCUUACGGCUCGAUUAUCUCCGGUGGAUUUUCGCUUAUUCUUGUCGCUGUUGAGAGCCAUGAAGCCCAGCGUCUAGAAAUGCAGGCAGCCCUGGCUGACAUUCCUGGGAAGUUGUGCGAAGUGCAGAGGCUGUCAAAAGUUCACAGAAGGUCACCAGAACUUCACCAGCUUGCCGACGAGCUGUUUCUUUCCGUCUUCGUUGUGCUGGAGCGAAUAAUCGAAAAGGUUUCUUGUAGCUGGAGAGAAAAGAUUAAGAGGAACAAGGACAAAGGCGGUGACAUCCAAGAGGCAGUCGACACCAUGAGGGAGAAGGCCAAGCAGUUCCAAGUUGAAGUUGACAUCUGCACACAGUACAGACUAGGCAGAAUGGAAGAAAGCAAUUACCGUAUCGAAGCAGGCAAUUCUCGUAUUGAAAAAUGUCUCGCGGAAUUGCUGAAUGUGACCCGCCGGUCGUCGAUGGCCAUCACCGCACCCAAGCGGACAGGCAGCAUAAUAUCGAUUGAGACAAUGGAGAAGCUGAUCAAGACCUGGCUCUCGGGCCUUGACAACUUCGACCCCAUGCCAGAAAAUCAGAUUUCGGAGUGUAUGUCUGGGAUAUCGAACCUGACUUUGGAAGAAAGAGACAGAGUACAAUGGAUCAUGGCCUCGGACGUGAUCAACGACUGGCUCAAGCUGACCGAGUCUCGGAUGCUCAAUGUGCGAGCUGAGACGGCACCAAUUGAACUCGUCAACGCUCUGAGCUUCACCGCCGCUACGUUGGCCUUCACAAUCGAGAAGACGACCAACUACGCUGUGUUGUCAUUCUUCUGCGGCCUGCGUAGGAACGACUCUCGGACCAAUGCCGAUUCAGGCCCGAAGGCGAUCCUCAAAAGUUUCAACGGUCAGCUGCUGAAAUUCAUAAUGAAAAAGCGGCCAACCUCCGACCUAUCAUUUCUCAAGAACAAAACCCUUAUGAAAAAGUCAAGAGGCAGAUCAAAGUACGCCAAGGAGCUGUUCCGGAAACUUCUCGAGGCACUCCCCGAGAACGACGUUGUCUUUGUGAUUCUCGACUCGUUCUCACGCUUGGGAGGGCCAGACAAAGACGCAGCUAAGGGCGACGAGAUAAUCGAGGAGCUCUCGGCGCUGGUAAUAGAGAUGCCGCUCGUCAUCAAGGUGCUCGUCACGGACGCAUUGCCGAGCUGCCCGAUCAAAGACUCAGCACACUUGAUGCUGGACGUCCCGGACGACGUUGAUGGCUGGCACAACGAUAUUGACUUGACGGCCUUGGAACAGAAGAAGAUAGCCGUGAUUGACGAGUUCAGGUUGCGACAAGAGAAAGGAUAUUUCAGCUCACAGGAGGAGGAGUCGAGCGACUCGUCGAGCGACUCGGACUCAGAGUAA